GACGUGUGGUAAUGACUUAUCUUCAGAAAGUGAACGUUUUCAAGAAUAAUAAAAACAAAUGCUGUCACAGACAGUCACUCAGUAAAUUACUAAAUAUAAUUUAAAGAAAUAUAAACGCAUCACCUUUAGGUAAAGGACAUAUAUUCUGGCCGGCCAGCAAAAGAGGAAGACGUGUUACGAAGGAAUUGAAAGCGAAAGUUUGGAUUUCUGAGAACAACUUAAGACUCGGGAGUUUCAUGUCGUUUUUUGUUCACCUGUGAGGAAGUAUUACAAGGGGGAACAAAGAUGGCAUCCAUCUCAUUUUAUGGCUGGGAGGCUUUUUAUGAUGAGGAUCGUCAUCUUCAGGCAAACCAAGAACCCAAAUCAGGAAGACUUUACACCAUGUAUCACGGUACGUCUGUAAAAGUAGCUCGUGCAAUCAUAAGUACAGGCUUCAAGCCGUCAGCAGAUGGAAUGCUGGGACCUGGAGUUUAUGUGAGCCGUGACCAGAAGAAAGCAGAGCGAUACCCUCUGAAAUCCCCAAUUACUGACAAAGUAGUGCUAAAAUUAAGCGUUGACUGUGGAAAAGUCAAAAGAAUUGAUAAGGACAACCAUGCCCUACAGAAGACCUGGCACAGUCAAGGUUACGACACAGCCUGGGUCCCUCCUAACUGUGGCAUGAAAGCUGUCCCCAGCGGCCUAGAAGAAGAUUGUAUCUAUGAUCCAGCACGUAUAGAGGUCACAGACAUUGCUCUUGCACCCAAUACGACCAUCUUAACCGAACUCAAACAGCUCAUUGCCCAAAACAAGAAGAGUCCAUCGAAAUCGAACACUUUGGGUAAUUGUGGAGUGUGCAAGUUGAAACUGGGCUCUGCUCAUAACAUACAGCCAUGCUGGGGAUGUGGAGAAACUAUCUGCGCUCUCAUGACCAAACACAGGUGUAAUUUCUCAGGGUUAAGAAACUGAUCAAUGCUGAUCAACUGGCCAAUGCGUUGUGCAGGAGGAUCCUCAGGUUCUAUACUGGUUUGUUUACAUGUCUGGGCAUGUUCGACAGUGAUAUAAAAAUAGGUAAACUGUGUUUUUAAAAUAAUAUUUCACAAAAAAUGAACAUUUGCUCACACUCAAAGAGGAUCUAAACUUCUGUUGAACACAAAACAAGAUGUUCUGAAGAAUGUUGGAAAG